AUGGAGAGAGCACAGACGCAUGGUGGCUUGCGGUUGAGAAAACUGGUCACAGUCAACUUUUUCCACAGAUCGGUCAUGGCUUCCAAUAGUCUGAACAGGCAGAUGCAAGGCCUUUGGACCGCGCAACGCCGAGGAAAAUUGAAUCUCAAUGAUGACAAUAUGCCUGACGACGUCGAAGCCGCAGCAGUUGAGCUCCCGCCUAAUGGCAAACGCAAAGUAAGGUCCUCUAAUGACCCAUCUACGAGCAAGCGUCAGAAAAUAGCCAUAUCCAAAGAUUACAUACCUCCACCUGUGCGACUGGCUGAUCUGGGGGGUAUUGAUGACUGCAUCGAAAAACUUCUGGAACUGGUUGCAAUGCCUCUGUGUCACCCGGAAAUUUACCUUCACACCGGAGUUCCUCCUCCACGCGGAGUUCUACUGCACGGUCCUCCUGGAUCGGGGAAAACGCUCCUGGCCAACGCUAUAGCUGGGGAAUUGGCAGUUCCCUUUAUCAAUAUAUCUGCGCCAUCUAUUGUCUCGGGAAUGUCCGGAGAAUCCGAAAAGACGUUGCGGGAUACCUUUGAAGAAGCCAAACGCGUCUCCCCUUGCAUUUUGUUCAUCGACGAGAUUGAUGCCAUCGCUCCAAAACGAGAAAUUGCUCAACGAGAAAUGGAGCGACGCAUCGUCGCACAGUUUCUGACUUGCAUGGAUGGUAUGUCUUGGGAGAAGACUGACAGCAAGCCAGUCAUCGUCAUGGGGGCAACAAAUCGUCCAGACUCGUUAGAUUCUGCUUUGCGGCGUGCAGGCAGGUUUGAUCAUGAAAUCAGCAUGGGGGUGCCAGACGAAGCCAGCCGUAUCAAGAUUUUGCAAGUUCUCUCCUCUAAACUUAAACUGGCAGGCGACUUCGACUUCGCGGCGUUGGCCAAAGCAACUCCUGGUUAUGUCGGAGCCGAUUUAGCGGCGCUCACCGGCGCUGCGGGUGUGAUUGCCGUGAAGCGAAUCUUUAAACAGAUAGCUGACGGAACAAUCGUCCUGCCCUCGGCCGAUGAAGAAAUGGCGGAGCAACUCAUCGAUCCAAUCCUUCCCUUCAAAGUUGCUAUCCCUGUCGGACCAACCGCGAGCUCAAUAGCGCAUUUUCUCAAGGCAUAUCCAACGCCAUUGACCUCGGAGCAGCUUGCCCCACUCCUAAUCACCUCAAAUGAUUUCAUCGAUGCCCUGAAACAAGUGCAACCAUCAGCCCAGCGCGAAGGAUUUGCCACUGUCCCAGAUGUAACAUGGGCUGACAUCGGAGCGCUCCAUCAAACUCGAGACGCCCUCCAAAUGGCUAUCGUUCUUCCACUACGACGCCCCCUUCUCUUCAGAAGCGUAGGCAUCGUUGCCCCUUGUGGUGUUCUCCUUUGGGGACCGCCUGGCUGUGGAAAGACGUUGUUGGCCAAAGCUGUUGCUAAUGAAAGCCAGGCCAACUUUAUCAGUGUCAAAGGUCCUGAGCUCUUAAAUAAGUACGUCGGUGAAAGCGAGAGAGCAGUCCGUCAAGUGUUCGCACGAGCACGUGCAUCUUCGCCGUGUGUUAUCUUCUUUGACGAACUGGAUGCCCUGGUUCCAAGACGUGAUGACAGCCUUUCAGAGUCAUCCGCUCGUGUUGUCAACACCUUACUGACUGAACUCGAUGGGCUCGAUGCACGCAAAAGCGUUUAUGUUGUUGCUGCUACCAAUCGACCUGAUAUGAUUGAUCCUGCUAUGGUGCGACCUGGGCGGUUAGACAAACUGCUUUAUGUUGAUCUGCCCAGUCCUGAUGAACGUGCUGAAAUCGUACGAACACUUCUGCGCGGUAUCCCACUACAUGACGCCAGUAACGUCGUUGAGGAUCUGGCCUACCAAAAAUGUGACGGAUACAGUGGUGCCGACUUGGCUUCUCUCGUUAGAGAAGCUGGAGUGUGUGCUUUGAGGCGAUCUCUAGGUCUAUCAAUCGAUUCAAGUCAAGAUUCAGUUACAGUAGGCAUCGUCGACUUCGUGGAGGCGCUCGACAAAGUCGGACCAAGUGUUAGUACGACUCAGCGCCGCAAAUACGAAGCACUCCGAUCAAAAUUUGCGGGACUUCCUGUACGCGUUGGAAAAGAGGAGGAAGACAAGAGAGUAGACAGAUAA